AUGGGCGCCAAGCAAAUCCAAAUAUUCAGCGACUCGCAGCUUGUUGUCCACCAAGUCAACCAGGACUUCACGGCCAAGGACGUCUCCAUGACAGCCUACCUCCAACAUACCCGCCACCUACUUACAACUUUCAAUGCUUAUCUCAUAGGCCAGGUGCCACGCUCCGAGAACAGCCAUGCUGAUGCAUUAGCAAGGCUAGCCUCGGCAAUGGAGCAGGGCAUAGGUCGCAACAUCCACAUCGAGUUCUUGGACCAGCCCAGCACAUGGGCACCACUCAUUUGUGUCAUCGAUCAAAGCCCUACAUGGAUGGACCUUAUCACUCAGUUCUUGCAUAACCAGACACUACCUGCUGAUCCUGCUGAAGCGCGGCGUGUUCGCUAUCGUUCCGCUCGAUACUUGAUCAUCAAUGGCGCCCUAUACAAGCGCGGCUUCAGCCUCCCCCACCUUCGGUGCCUGACCCCAGAGGAAGCUGAGCCAUUGACAGCCAUGGUGGAAGCUGUGAACAAGAUCAUCAAGAAAACUCUAAAAACCAAGCUUGACAAAGCUAAGGGCUGCUGGCCAGAGCUACUCCCAGAGGUUCUCUGGUCCUACCGCACCACCUUCCGGACCUUAACAGGAGAAACACCUUUCUCUCUCUCCUUUGGUACCGAAGCAGUGGCACUAGUGGAGAUUGGCCAGCCCACAUACCGCACCUCCACUUAUGAGGCCGAAGCCAAUGACGAGCAGCUAGCCCUGAACCUCGACUUCAUUGAUGAGCUUCGUGACCAAUCCAACAUGCGCAAUGUCCCGUACAAACAGCGCAUCGCUAAGCACUACGACUCCCGAGUCAAAGCCCUUGCUUUCAAACUUGGGGACUGGGUCAUGCGCAAGAUUUCCUUGGCCACCAAGAAUCCUACUGAAGGUACCUUGGGCCCAACAUGGGAAGGUCCUUAUGAGGUUACCAAAGUCUGCCGCCCCGGCACUUAUCAGCUUCGUGAUACCAAGGGCAAGACCUUGCCUCAUCCUUGGAAUGCUAAUCACCUCAAGUACUACUAUAAGUAA